GCGCUUUAUUGCAUCAAGUUGAAUGCGUUUGACUGAACAGCGAUCAGAGAUUCCCACAUCAACUCAUCGAGGGUCAGCGCAGGACAGCCGAUCAGUAUCAGAAUGGCAGAUAACGAGAACAAAGUUGGGAUGGACACAGAGACAUCACAGUCUAGCCAGGAGCAACAGAGUGUAGUAUCCAGAGUAGGUAAUCUGCCGCUCGUGAGUUCAGCAUGUGGUGUGGUGUAUAAUGCCUACAGCACUACUAAAGACAGUGUGCCACUCCUGAAAGGUGUAAUGGAGGUGGCAGAGAGUGGGGUGCGCACUCUAGGUGCUGCUGCUACAACAGGUUCCAAACCCAUACUAGACCGGCUGGAACCGCAGAUCUCUGUGGUAAAUGAAUAUGCCAUGAGAGGGCUGGACAAGGUAGAAGAAAAACUUCCCAUUUUACAACAACCAGCAGACAAGUUGGUUUCAGACACUGUGGGCAUGGUGUACCAGUCUGUAUCAGGAGCAAAGGAUGCUGUGAUGGGGGCUAUGUGGGGGGGUGUGGAGAAGACACGUAUGGCCGUGACUGGAGGCAUAAACACCGUCAUGGGGUCCCGUGUGGGUCAGAUGGUCAGUAAUGGAGUAAAUAAGGCUCUCACCCAUUCUGAAGACUGGGUGGACCAAAACCUUCCACUCAGUGAGAAGGAACUUGCUGCCCUGGCUGAACCAAGACCUGGUGAAGAGGAAGGGUUCAUUGUAACUUCUAACCCCAGCUACUUUGUCCGCCUGGGUAAGUUGUCUGCCAAUGUUCGGGAGAGGGCACUUGAGCAAUCCCUCAUUAGGGCCCACAAAGCCAGAGAUGCCACACAUGUGGCUGUGACUCAAAUCACCAGCACUUUAGACUUGCUUGAAACUGCCCGGGCUACCUUAGCCAGUGCCAACCAGCAGCUAGGAGGCGCUCCAGAGCACUUAAUUCAGCGAUGGAAAGAAUGGAAGGAAGGGCAACCCAAGGAACUGGAGGAAGAAGGAACAAGGGAGGAAGAGGUGGAUAUUGCACAAGACCAGGGAGAGCAGCUGGAGGGGAGAACCCUGUCAAUGGUUCGAGGUCUAAGUGACCAGCUGAAGGUAGCGUGUUCAGGGGUUGUGUCCAGUGUACAGGGGCUCCCAGGCACUGUGCAGGAACAGCUUCUCAAUGCUCGACAUACAGCUGAAGAACUCCAGGUAUCUCUGGCCAGCACCAGAACACUCACUCCUUUCCUCCUACAGCAGACACGCCAGCAGAUAACCCAGGUACGACAAUCUUUGGAUGGAGUCGUAGAGUAUCUCCUUCAUAACACGCCACUCAAUUGGUUGGUUGGGCCUUUUGCACCUCAGAUAACAGAGAAAGGGGAAUCUGAAAAUGGCACACAGCCUAAAUAAAAGUCAUGUUGUGAUGAAAGAGAUUAAUAUAUGCUGCAAAUGGUCAUAUUGUAAUUAUCUCCAUUUCAAAAGGCACAUAAAAACUUUCUAUUUAAUGCACAUAAAAAUACAAAUUAUUAGUUCAUCAAUGUCAGUAUUUUAAACCUAGAGUAUUGGAUGUGCUGAUGCACUAAUACAUGUCUAUCGAAGAUGACUUAACUGAAUGAAAGAAAACACAGUACUUCAUUAUCCCUGAUUUUGUACUGAAUGAUUUUUUUUUUUUUAUCAUAAAAAGUUAUGAGAUUGCUUGUGUUUGCCUAAAUUGCUAAAUAAAAUGCAGAAAUAAAAUAAGUUUG